UUUAAAAUCUUGCUUCAUCCCCAUUGUGCCCCUCUGAAAUAUUGCUUUACCGAAGCAGAGAAAACUAAAAGUCUAAAACCCUUCCCCACUGAAACAGAGUAAGCUAGAAUACGCCAUUGAUGGCUUUAAUCAAAUCCAAGCUUCGUUUCCCACACUCUAUCUCUCAGCACAUCUUCAAAGCUUCCUCUUUCUCCUCUUCUUCAGUCUCCCUUAAAGAUGACUCUGAUGAUAUAAACAACGAUACCCAAAACGAACCAAACGCUUCCUUAUCACCCGAAGAAACCCUAAUCGCCGACAAAUUCUACUCCUUAAUCAAAGAACACCACCGUAAAAACCCUAACAUUGAUCCCAACCCAGCGCCACCAAGCCCCAGCUUCACUAUCCCAUCUCUCUCCCUCGACUUCUCUCAAAUCUCCACCGUUCACUCCGUAUCCCCUGCCAUCGUCCGCCACGUCAUCGAGAGAUCAUGUGGGCAUCGCUACGGCAUCCCCUUCCUCCAAAAUUUAUCUUUCUUCAACUGGGCCACUGGCCGGCCCGAAUAUAUCCACACCACGGAGCCGUAUCACGAAAUGAUUAGUCUCUCUGGAAAGGUAAGGCAAUUCGAUUUGGCUUGGCAUUUUAUUAAUUUGAUGAAAUCAAGGAAUGUUAACAUUACAGUCGAGACCUUCUCGAUUCUUGUUCGCCGAUAUGUGAGGGCCGGAUUGGCUGCUGAGGCGGUGCACGCGUUCAACCGUAUGGAGGAGUACGGUUGCGUGCCUGAUAAGAUUGCAUUUUCGAUUGUGAUUAGUAUUUUGUGUAGAAAAAGAAGAGCUAGUGAAGCGCAGUCGUUUUUUGAUAGCUUAAAAGAUAAGUUUGAGCCUGAUGUUAUAAUUUACACUAACUUAGUUCGUGGGUGGUGUCGAGCUGGUAAUAUUUCAGAGGCCGAGCGGGUAUUUGGAGAAAUGAAAAUGGCUGGGAUUAGUCCUAAUGUGUAUACCUACAGUAUUGUGAUUGAUGCCUUGUGUAGGUGCGGGCAAAUUACGCGUGCUCAUGAUGUUUUUGCAGAGAUGCUUGAUGUGGGUUGUGAGCCUAAUUCGAUUACUUUUAAUAAUCUAAUGCGGGUUCAUGUCAAGGCUGGUAGGACUGAGAAGGUUUUGCAAGUUUAUAAUCAGAUGAAAAGACUUGGUUGUGCUGCUGAUACCAUUACGUAUAAUUUUCUGAUAGAAAGUCAUUGUAAGGAUGAUAAUAUUGACGAUGCUAUUAAAGUGCUUAAUACGAUGAUUAAGAAAGGGUGUAGCCCAAAUGCAUCUACUUUCAAUACAAUAUUCAGAUGCAUUGCGAAGGUACGUGAUGUGAAUGGGGCUCACCGGAUGUAUGCAAAGAUGAAGGAGUUGAAAUGUGAGCUCAACACUGUGACUUACAAUACUUUGAUGCAAAUGUUUGCUAACUCAAAAUCAAUUGACAUGGUUGUCAAACUGAAGAAGGAGAUGGAUGAGAAUGACAUUGAGCCUAAUGUGAAUACCUACCGGGUUUUAAUUUCAAUGUAUUGUGAUAUGGGACACUGGAACAAUGCCUACAAGGCGUUUAAGGAGAUGAUGGAGGAGAAAUGCAUAAAACCAAGUCUGCCGGUUUAUGAAAUGGUCCUGAAACAACUGAGAGAGGCUGGACAGAUUAAGAAGCAUGAGGAGUUGGUGGAGAAAAUGGUUGACAGGGGUUUUGUUACUCGGCCCUUGUAACAGUAGCUACUUCUGAAUUCUUGAACUGGACUAUGUAACCUUCAGUGUUUUUUUCUUUUUAUUUAUUUUCUUCAUUGAAUUAUGAUAUAAUUGGUUACGCAAUCUUAAUAUAGUGAAAGUUUUGUGCCAUAUGA